GGCCCUUGGGAUGUCUGCGGGCCAGGCCAGUCGCGCUCUUUCUGGGAGGAAACAGCCACUCGCUAUCCACCUCCACCUACAACACUUGCCGCGUAGCAUCUUAUCCCCACGUGCCUACCACCUGCUCGAUGCAAUUCGCCACACGCCCACCAACCUCCCCGAUGGCAACCACGGCGGCCACCGCUACCUUCGUGGCGUCCCCCUCCACCUCCUCGUUCUCCCUCCUCCCUCGCCGUCGCUUCCUCCCUCCCUCUUCCCCGGCCGCCCGCCGCUGCGCGCCGCCGCGGUGCCGCGCGCGCCUCCGCAUCGCACGCCAGGUGGCCGUCGGCAGCGGCGUGUCCGCGUCCCCGGACGUGGCCGCCGAGGAGGCCGCGGCCGCGCCCAAGGUCGGGAAGCGCGUGCGCGUCACGGCGCCCGUCUGCGUCCACCACGUCUCCAAGGCGCCGGGCCUGGAGCUGCGCGGCAUGGAGGGCGUCGUCAAACAGUACGUCGGCGUGUGGAAGGGCAAGCGCAUCACGGCCAAUCUCCCCUUCAAGGUGGAGUUCGAGCUCAAGCUGGAUGGCCAGGACAAGCCGGUCCGGUUCUUCGCCCACCUCCGCGAGGAAGAGUUCGAGAUCAUCGGAGACAAAUAGAGAUCUCAGUUACAGAAUAAUUCGCUCUUGGCGUCCUCUGUAGCAUCUGUAUAUUAUCUUGUCAGUGUUAAUGGAGGAGGUUGAAGAGGUUGCGAGGAGAUGGCAAGUAACUUAGUAUGGAUGAUAACGAGUGUGACAGACAUGAUAGAACCAAGUUUAUUGAAGGCGAAGAUGGAGGCCUACAUCCAUGCACAGGGCUUUGCAAUUUGGAAAAAUGUCUACAAGCCAUAUGUGGUUCUGGAGAAUAAUGAAGUGACGAUAUAGAACAUGCCAGCUGUCGAGGCAAAUAGAAAGGCAAGUAACUUGAUCAUCCAAGACUUGGGAAGGAGCAACUUCGAUUAAGUGAUAUAUCUCAAAUUAGCAUAUGAUGUAUGAAAAGCACUAUAUGAUUACCAUGAAGGUUCAUCCACCAUUAAAUAGGUGCGUCAAG